CGAUAAAUGUAUCUAACGACUUCCGGUGACAUUGACUAUCAGGGACUGUCGGCAGAACGAACUUGUCAUGCUGCGUCCACAGAGUCUGGCGAGGGUGUUAACCAAAUGUAGAAGGACAGGUGCUUUGACUCUCAGAGUAGCGUCGUCAAGAUCGGCUAGUGCAGUCAGAGCUUUCAGCAAAUUCAAAGGAUGUACACAAUCUUCAAGAGGAAAUCGUCUUCUAAGAGUUUCAGGGAACAAUGUUUUCAACAGAUACUACAGCUCAGAAGAUUUGCCAACCCAUAUAAAGGUAGUCCUUCCCGCUUUGUCCCCAACAAUGGAGACUGGAACAAUCAGCAAGUGGCAGAAGAAGGUGGGGGACAAGGUUUCUGAGGGGGACCUCCUGGCAGACAUUGAGACAGAUAAAGCUACUAUGGGGUUUGAGGCCUCAGAAGAGGGCUACAUUGCCAGGAUUUUUGUGGAAGAGGGAACCAAAGAUAUCCCCAUAGGGAAGCUACUGUGCAUUGUUGUGGAGGAAGAAGGUGAUGUUGAGGCAUUCAAGGAUUAUGUACCCAAACCUGAAGACGACCAGCCACCGGGUGGGAUCCCGCCAGCUUCUACACCACCACCCACACCACCCCCUCCUCCCAAGGCAGCACCACCCCCUCCUCCUCCUCCACCAACAGCCGCUCCAGCACCCCCACCACCACCAAGCACAGCAGCCCCACAACCAGUGGCAGGUGCUGGAAUUCCAGCCUCACCUUUCGCAAAGAAACUGGCAGCAGAGCGUGGGGUUGAUCUUGCUAUGGUAACAGGAACAGGUCCAGGAGGAAUCGUUCAAGCAGAUGACGUCCUCCGAUUCCAGGCUCCUGCUGUGUCGUCACCUGUCAUCACUCCGGGGGCGGAGUAUACAGACAUACAACUCACAGGAAUGAGAAAGACUAUUGCCAAACGGUUGCUGGAGUCCAAACAAACGGUUCCCCAUUAUUAUCUCACAAUAGACGUCAACAUGGAUAACAUCAUACAACUUCGAAAAGAGCUGAAUGAAGUAUUAUCCAAGGAUAAAGUUAAGUUGUCUGUAAAUGAUUUCAUUAUCAAAGCCUCGGCAUUAUCCUGUAAGAAAGUUCCAGAGGCUAACUCAUCAUGGCAGGGAGACUAUAUCAGACAAUACAAUUCUGUGGAUGUCAAUGUUGCUGUGGCAACAGAUGCUGGUUUGAUCACUCCUAUCGUCAGCAGGGCUGACAUCAAGGGACUAUCCAAUAUCAACCAAGAUGUUUUAUUGUUGGCUGCUAAAGCUAAAGAAGGAAAACUACAGCCACAUGAGUUCCAGGGUGGAACAUUUACAAUCUCCAAUUUAGGAAUGUUUGGAAUCAAAUCCUUCUCAGCAGUAAUUAAUCCUCCACAGGCAUGCAUUUUGGCUGUUGGUGGAGCAGAAAAACGACUCGUUGUAGAUGAAGAUAGUAAUUCUGGUUAUAAUACUGCUAACAUGAUGUCAGUGACGUUAAGCUGUGACCAUCGGGUGGUAGAUGGUGCUGUAGGAGCUCAGUGGCUAGCAGAAUUCAAGAAGUUUAUGGAGAAACCUGAAACCAUGCUGUUAUAGUCAGUGAUGUGUUAGAAUUCGUUCUAUUUGAGUGUGUGUUAAAACAACCACAGUGACUUUCGGUAAAACUCUGGUGAACAUGAGAUUUUGAUUGUGUACAAACCAAAAGAGAAUCUCAGCGACUAUUGUUGUGGAUGUUAUGACCUCGUUAUGAGUUUUUAUUGUGUAAAAAAGUUCUAAUGUAGAAGUGUAUAUUUAUUGCAUUCUCGUGACAAAGUGCAAGCUAUUUUUAAGAAAUGUAAUGAUGUUUAUAUAAAAGAACUAAAAAGCCUGGGUCAUGACAUUUAAAUGGAUAUACUGUUAGACGUGAUUAAUAGGCUUAGAUUAAAGUAGAAUUUGUCCUUUCAUGUUUAUGAGUUUAAUUCUGUUGGGUUUUUUAUGUAAAUUUUAUUCAUUACCCUUAAAGCAAUAAAUAUAACAAGUGUUCA